GAAAAUUAUCAUAGUUUCGUUUUGACUUUUGAAUAUUUAUAUUUUAUUCCAUUUCUAACAAAACAAACUUUUAUUAGAAGUUAUUUUACAAUCCUAUUUAGUUUUUGAAAUAUUUUAUUACGAUCAUGAUUACUUUAACAAUGAAAUGUGAAUUACAUCGUGACAUGACAGAUCAUAGACCCACAAUAGUAAUAAAAGCCCAGCCUUGUAAAGCUUUAAGGCGAUGAACUUUGGUACAAACUAGAUUUAUGACGACAUUCCAGGCAUCUACUUUGUGUUUCUUUGACCUCGUUCUGGCUCUCGUAGCAAGCCCUUUAAUAAUUGAUCUCUUCAAGACGACGCGCUAUAACAAUGAGUGAGGAUGGAGCGGCGCAAAACUUUCGUCUUGAAUCAUGGAUGAGUGAUCUACCAAUACAGCUGAAGGAUAUACCAAUAAUCUACUUAGCCAUACCUGGCAGUCAUGACUCAAUGACCUACGGCAUCACAAAAUCUAGUGGCCUAGCACCUGACGCUGAACCUAUUCUUCAUCGCUUGUACCCCUUAUUCCGAGGUACGAUCUUACGAUGGACAAUAACACAAGCUCUUGACACCAAGCAACAACUACUUAUUGGCAUUAGAUAUUUAGACCUCAGGAUUGCUACAAAAUCUGGUGAAGACCAUUUUUAUUUCACACAUGGUGUUUACGCUGCUGAAAUAACAGAGGCACUGAAGCAAGUCAAAGAGUUCGUUGAUGAACAUCCUGGAGAGGUAGUGAUACUUGACUGCCAACAUUUCUAUGGCUUCCAACCUGAAGACCACCAGAGACUGAUGAGGCUCCUCCUCAAUAUGUAUGGUCCCAUAUUGGUACCACGGCAGCUUGAUUUGAAAGCUGUUACUCUGAAUGCUCUACAACGACUAAAGCAGCAAGUGAUUGUGGUGUACCGCCACGAGUCUGUGUACGCGACGGGCGAGUUCUGGCCGCCGCAGACGUUGCCGUCGCCGUGGCCGCGCCAGGACCGCGCGCCGGGGCUGCUCGCGUUCCUGGGCGCGCUGUGUCGGCACCCGAGCGCCGGCUUCGUGCACCAGGCCGUGCUCACGCCCACCCCGGCCUUCAUCGUGCUCAGAUGGAUAUCAAGUCUCCGCGAUAAAUGCGCAUUGCCAGUCAUCAACGAUGUGCUACCAAAAUUAUCUGAUUUCUCUCCCGGACCCCCGGCACCGGACAACGAGACGUUCUCGCGGGCGCCCGUCAACGUAGUCAUCGCAGACUUCGUUGACAUCAAUGACUCGAUAUUCUCAAAAACUAUAAUACAGUUGAACAUGAAGUUGUUGAGAAACACAGAUGUCCUUUAUCACACCAACGAAUAGAAAUAAACUGAAUCCCAAUUUUAUUUUACGACUAGCGACCCGCCCUCGUUUCGCUUCGGAAACUGUAAUUUGAUUUGUUAUUGAUUUCUCCACUAUUUAAUGAAUGUUAUUAUACAUAUAAACCUUCCUCUUCAAUCACUCUAUCUAUUAAAAAAAAACCGCAUCAAAAUCCGUUGCGUAGUUUUAAAGAUUUAAGCAUACAUAGGGAUAUAGGGACAGAGAAUGCGGCUUUGUUUUAUACUAUGUACCUACUGACGAACGUAAAAAUUAUUACAUAUUGACUUCCGUUGAUGGUUAGGACUAGUCGAUUUGACUAUGUUAUUUAAAUCAUUCCUUUAACUACAAACACAUACAUAUACACAUAUCGACGGGUGAAAACGUUAUUUGGUUUAAGGGACAUUUUUGCAACUGUACAGGAAAUCCAUAUAAAGUUUAAAUUUUUUUUAAAAUAUAACAAAAAAAAUAUUACUUUAGCUAUUUGAAUGGGGUAAACUUAUUGAAGUUCAAUUAAAAACAUUGAAUUGUUGAUACUAAUGCCAAAUAAAACAGACCUUUAAUUACAAAAAUAAAUGUGUAUAAAGCGUAAUGUCGCUUAAACGAUAGCCUUUCACCCCUUGAUGUAGAAUAGAUUGUUACAUAUUUGUUACAUAGCGAGUGUAUUGAAACAACGUGAGAAAGCGACGAUCUAAAAACUGUUAAAAUCACAUCUGAACUUCAGAAAAUUGUAAAGUCCCAACACUAAAGCACUGCUUGCAAACAAACUAAAAAUUGAUAAUAAAUAGAAUUAAUCAUUUGGUGAAUUCCAGUUACGUGAAAGCAUCCAUUUAAACCCUUUAUAUAAUAAUAAUACAAAUAAUAGAUAUUGAAACAGACUAGAAUAUUCGUAUUUUAAAUAUUGUAUUUAUUCAUAUUUUACAACACAGUGGUCAAUCUUGAAAUAGUAUAAUCAUAUUUUUAAUUAGGGAUUUUUUUUUUCCCUACCUAAUCACCGCUAGCUCCGAGAGACUAUUUCAGCCACACGCUGUUUGGUAUUGUGAACUCACGGACUCAACCUAUAGUAUUUGCUAACAUUAGCCCUAGCAAGAGCCGUGCUUCGCAGGAUCUACCACCGGAUCGGAAACGCGACCCACUGAGAAGAUCCGGCGAGAAACUCAGUGGAUCUUUUUCAUAGUACGAUCGAAGUACGAAAAUUUAUUUAACGAUAUUAACAGCGAUGCGUGUCCUAGUUUAAUUAAUAAAAAAAUAAAAAAGUGCAAUAUAUUGUGGCCUUAUCGAUAAUAGCGAACACAAAAGCAUAGUUUAGUUUAUGCAAAAUGAAUAAAAUAAAAUAACUAUUCAGUAAUACUAUGCACAACUUCAUGCGGGAAAUAGCAAUGAGAUUAUAUUUUAUAAUGUGACUAGUACACAAAACAACGGUUUCUUGUUCUAAUUUUAAAAUAUAUGUAUUGGCAUUGGUUAAUUAGUUUUAAUGAAUGAUUCAGGUCAUAUUAUAUUUUAUGUGAUCAUAAUGUGUUUACAAAUGGUAUAUUUACUAAUAAAAAUUUGUGGUGUACCCAUAAUAAAAUACUUAAUGUUUUAUAGAAGUAAUAGUUAAAAACUGAAUCUGACAAGAUCUGAAAUAAAUAAGUUUAUAUUUUUAUAACAUAUCAACAUACUUAAUAUACUUUAUGUAUAAAUUUGUAUAUCCUUUUUUAUAUGAUUUUAUAAAAACUGUGUACUGUAUGUUUUUUUAAAUAAUGACUUAGAAUAAGCGGCCUUUUAUAUAUCCUAUAAAAAUGUGAUAUUUUCAAGUGUACUUUUUCUCUAAUUUUAAGUAAUACUGAUAUUUUACUACGAGGAUAAUGAGUCGAUUUGUCUUUUUCACUUUUUUAAAUAGAUGAAUACAAUAAAAUUCAUUAAGAUUGUUACUGUACCUGAAAAUACAAAUAAAAUUAAUAAAAUUCAAAUAAAUAAAUAAAUUAAAUUCACCUUUAAAAAUAUGGAAUACCAAUAAAUGUUGUUCUUUAAAAUGUAAAGAUCUGUAAACUUUAUAAUUGUGAAA